AUGCAAUACAACCCUGUAGUUGUUGAACCACUUAUAUUAUGCUGUCAAUGUGGCAUAGAGGUUUCACCAAAUCCUUCAAAUAUGUGUAUCAACUGCAUUCGAAAUGAGGUUGAUAUCACUGAAGGAAUUCCAAAACAGGCGAUUAUACAUUUUUGUCGUAAUUGUGAAAGAUAUCUACAACCACCAACUAUUUGGGUUAGUGCAGAGCUUGAAAGUAAGGAAUUAUUGGCCUUGUGUAUAAAGAAAUUAAAAGGCUUGAAUAAAGUACGAUUGAUUGAUGCCGGAUUUAUAUGGACAGAACCUCAUUCAAAAAGAAUUAAACUUAAACUCACUAUACAAAAAGAAGUUUUUGCAUCAACACUUAUACAACAAAUUUUUGAAGUAGAAUUUGUUGUCAAUCAUCAACAAUGUAAUGAUUGUACUAAAAUAAUGGCAAAGAAUACAUGGAAGGCAUUAGUUCAAGUUAGACAAAAAGUCAAUCAUAAAAGAACUUUUCUAUUUUUAGAGCAACUUAUACUUAAACAUCAUGCUCAUAAAGAUACAAUCAAUAUAAAAGAAGUUAAAGAUGGUCUUGAUUUCUAUUAUUCUAAUCGAUCUCAUGCCAACAAAAUGGUAGAAUUUUUAAAUUCUGUUGUUCCUGUCAGAACUAAAACUUCUGAACAACUUAUUUCAACUGAUAUUCAUAAUAAUACUUCAAAUUAUAAAUUUUCGCAUUCAGUAGAAAUAGUCCCAAUAUGUAAAGAUGAUUUAAUCUGUUUACCAUUGAAAAUUUCUCGUUCACUUGGAAAUAUUAGUCAAUUGGUUAUUUGUUAUCGUGUUGGAAAUUCUAUACAUGUUAUGGAUCCAAAUACACUGGCAGUAUCUGAACUUGCAACUGCAACAUAUUGGAGGACACCAUUUAAUGCUUUGGCAUCAGCACAAAGUUUAACAGAAUAUUAUGUGUUGGAUGUUGAACCUUUACCUCAAGUUCGUGGAAAGUAUAUGUUGGCAGAAGUUCAAGUAGCAAAAUCAACAGAUUUUGGUAGAAAUGAUCAAACAUAUUUUGUCAGGACACAUUUGGGCAAUAUUUUGAAAUCAGGAGAUUUGGCAUUAGGAUAUGAUCUAACUUCAUCAAAUUUUAAUGAUAAUAAUUAUGAUUUAUUGAAACACAGUGAAAUACCUUAUGUCAUUCUAAUCAAAAAAUCAUAUUCAAAUAAACGUAGAAAAAAUAAACAAAGAAAUUGGAAAUUGUCAUCUUUAAAUAAAGAGAAAGAAAUUGAUAGUAAGAAGCAAGAUUUAUUGAAAAGUGAAAUGGAAUAUGAAUUGUUUUUAAGAGAAUUGGAAGAAGAUACUAAUGAUCAAAUGGAAGUUGACGAGGACAAUCUUGAGGAUGAUUUACCUGAAAUUGGUAUAGAAGAAUUAUUAGAAGAUCUCACUCUUGAAGAUUAA